CAAGUUUUGACACAGAUUAUUUCUUUUGACUAUUUCAAACUUCGUGUCUUUCAGAAUGAGGCGCGCAAGGCCAAUCAUGUUCAGGUCGUGGAAGAGGAUCGUAGGAAGCAUUUGCCUUCUAAUUGGGAAGCGAAACAAGCCAGAAUGAGGUGGGAGGAGGAGGAAGACGCAUUCAAAGCCGAAUGCUUGAAGAAGGGAAUAGACCCUGAGCGCGCCAAGGCUCUUUCUAUCAGCGCAGAACUUGUUAACCGCCUGGAAUCGCGGAAAAGGCGCAAAAAGCCUUUUGUGGAUCCUGAUGACGCAGCCGAUGGAAAUGCUGCUGGUUUCACAACCUACGCCGACGCCUCACACCGGAAAUACCUCAAGCAAGCUAAAGCCCUUAAACCUGAUAUGGCUGCCUACCAAAAGCAGAAAGAAAAACUUGGGGAUCUUGCGUACCCGACAGCCCACACAAUUGGACUUGUGGGAAAUGAGACAGACAGUCGCGAGGCUAUUGAAAACAUGGCCAACAGUUUGAAGGAGCAGGCCAAGAAGAAGGCCUACAGUCGCCGUCGCGCUUUCGAUCCUGACGCAGACAUUGACUACAUCAACGAGCGUAACAAACGCUACAACGAACUCCUCGACAGGCACUACGGGAAGUACACCGCUGAGAUCAAACAGAAUUUGGAGCGUGGAACGGCACUUUAG